GCCUAAUUUUGGUUCAGUGGCAGGGGAGCUGGAGCCAAUCCCCACUGACACAGAGUGAAAGCAUGCACAUGAAUGCUGCAAUGAGCUUCAGGCAAAAACCUUGUUUAUAAUAUUAAAACACUGACAGGGACCAUUUCACUGCACAAUACUGCACAUAUUUUUGGAGAUAACAGUUUAAUCAUCCAGUAAGGGUUUGAAUGCAUAACCAUUAUGCUUAAAUUGAGUAUUUUCACAGUGUGAUGUUAGUGCUUAUAGGAAAAUAAUCUAAAUGCUUUUCUCAUCCACUCAUUGUACUUUAAAAGGCUAUAACCAUGCAUCAGGAUCGCCCGCGUUAUGUGAUUGACAGACCUGCAUACAACCUCCCAGACUUUGACAGAGAAUUUGACAAGAAGAGUCGUCAGUUCCCUGUUGGAGAGAAAGUGAAGAAACUCUUCAGAUGCUCUGUGCCUAGACUGAAGGGUUUGUUAUUUAGACAUCUACCUGUACUGAGCUGGCUCCCCAAGUACAAAGUGAAAGAAAACCUACUCUGUGAUGUCAUCAGCGGGGUCAGUGCCGGCACCAUUCAGGUUCCCCAAGGCAUGGCUUUUGCCCUGCUGGCGAAUCUCCCUCCUGUCAAUGGUCUCUAUUCGUCUUUCUUCCCCCUCAUCCCUUAUUUCUUCAUGGGCACUGCUCACCAGAUGGUCCCAGGUACUUUUGCUGUCCUCAGCAUUAUGGUGGGAAUUGUGUGUCUAAGGCUAGCUCCGGAAUCAGACUUCAGUCAUUUCAAUGCUACUCUUAAUACCUCAAUAGUAGACACAGACAAGAUGAAUGAGGUGCGUUUGGGCAUAUCUGGAACUCUGGCCUGCCUCACUGCAAUCAUACAGAUUGGCCUUGGUUUCAUGCAGUUUGGAUUUGUAGCCAUCUAUUUGUCAGAAUCCUUUGUCAGAGGGUUCAUGACUGCUGCAGGUUUACAGAUCCUCAUCUCUGUGCUCAAGUACAUCUUUGGCAUUAAAGUGCCACCCUACAGCGGACCUCUGGCUGUUGUAUAUACUCUUAUAGACAUUAUACGAGGCCUUCCUCAUACCAACAUAGCCUCGCUAGUAUUUGCCCUGGUGAGCAGCGUGGUUCUGAUUGUGGUGAAGGAGUUGAGUGCACGCUACCGACACAAACUACCCUUUCCCAUUCCUAUGGAGAUCAUCAUUGUAGUUGUGGCCACAGCCAUUUCAGGCCCCCUGCACCUUCCUGAGAUCUAUCAUAUGGACAUAGUUGGACAUAUCCCUCUGGGUUUUCCAGCUCCAAUACUGCCAACAGUGAGUCAGUGGGAUGACAUGUUGAGCACAGCUUUCUCGCUGGCAAUAGUAGGGUAUGUCAUCAACCUGGCAAUGGGUAGAACACUGGCAGCCAAGCAUGGCUACGAUGUGGAUCCUAACCAGGAAAUGUUGGCUCUUGGCUGCAGCAAUUUCCUCGGCUCCUUCUUUAAGAUCCAUGUGAUCUGCUGUGCUCUGUCUGUAACCCUGGCUGUAGACAGUGCAGGGGGAACCUCACAGUUUGCGAGUCUGUGUGUGAUGCUGGUUGUGAUGGUUACAAUGCUCGCCUUGGGAGCCUAUCUGAAACCGCUGCCGAAAUCUGUGCUUGGAGCUUUAAUUGCAGUCAACUUGAAGAACACACUCCUACAACUCUCUGACCCCUAUUACUUAUGGAAGAAGAGCAAGCUGGACUGUUUUGUGUGGGUGGUGUCAUUUUUGGCCACAUUCUUUCUUAGUUUACCCUAUGGAGUUGCAAUUGGAGUGGCCGUUUCCAUCCUGGUGGUUAUUUUCAAGACCCAGUUUCGUAAUGGCUCCUCGAUGGUGCAGAUUGUAGAUACAGAUAUCUACAAAAACCCCAAGUUGUACAACAAGGGCAUAUCAAUAACUGGCGUGAAAAUAGUAAACUAUUGCUCACCGCUGUAUUUUGCAAAUGCAGAGAUAUUUCGCCGGAAGGUCAUCAAAAAGACCGGGUUUGACCCUGGCAAACUUAUCCUAGCCAGGAGGAAGUUCUUAGAGAAAGAGCAGAGGGAAAAAGCAAAAGAGGAGAAGAAGGACAAAGAGACAAGAAGGAGGAAACUAAGUUCUUUGGUUACCAUGAGGGCUCAGACCAUAUCUCAGCUUGAACUACAAAAUGACUUUGAUAUGAACGAUGGCAGUGCCAGUAAACCUGAACCUCCCACCAGCUAUGUCAACUUCCACUGCAGUGACAUUGAACAGGGCGGGCAGACUCAGGACCAAGAGCCACAAAGUCCCCCUGAUGUCACACUGGAGUCCCAGCCUGUUCCCUUCCACACUCUCAUCCUAGACUUGGCAGGGGUCUGCUUCAUAGACCUUAUGGGCAUCAAAGUACUGAUAAAGAUGAACUCAAGCUACUCAAUGUUAGGCAUCAAAUUAUACCUGGCCAAUGUUCAAGCCCAGGUGUAUGAAGAACUGGAAGAUGGAGGUGCUUUUGAUGAUGGCAAUAUUGCCCGCAGUAAUCUUUUCCUUUCUGUCCAUGAUGCCAUUCUCUUUGCUCAGCAGACAUCUGGGGAAAGAGCAGCUUCGUCAAAGGGAGAGAAAACAAGACAGGAACUUGCCUUUAAUAUUAAUGAGGAGAAGGAUCUGGAGCAGGAAAUGUUUUAGGGACCAGCCAUUCUGGUGGAGAAGCAGAAAAAACAUGGUGAAAAUGAUAUGAAAUAAGACAACAAUCCUCUCUGUGUCUAAUUUACAAAACAAUACCCUUGCCUACUUUCUUGUAUAAUUUUUGCAGACUAUCAAUUAACCCAUAAAAACGUGUUACUUAGAGGUUUGGCAUUGUAAUCAACACUUGACACUACUGACAGAGGGCAGCACAAACCUGCACAAGACACCCCAACAGCAAGUAAACACUGAGCAGAUAAUGAGGUCACACUGAGGCUGUUUGCCCACCCUGCACAAUAAGUGUAGAGUGAACCUGCUGACUACGCAGUCAUACAGAAGUGGUCCUGUAAUUAACUGAGAGUGUGCAUGGCCACAGCUGUGAGGUACAGCCAGCUGAGCACUGUGGCGAAGUCCCUAAAGAGGCAAGACACCGAGAAGGGCUAAACAGAAAAGAAGAGAAAGAUACACAGCAUCAGCAGUUUCACAGAGCUUUGUCUUGCAAGCUCUAUUAGAUCAUGAUUUCAGCCAUUUCCUAUAAGGCCCUAACAAAAAUAACAAUUCUAAUUGUAGCCAGUUGAGCCAACUGGAGAGUGAUCAUAACAAAAUGAAUUAAGCUGGCCGACUAACUUGUGUUUGUGUAGCAGGUACUCAAAGGCCUGUGGUGUCUAGCCUCGCAGCAAGCUGACAAUAGUGUUGGUAUGCCUGUGAUGCAUGAAUGGAUUUAUGAAGCUAUUAAGAAAUCAUCCUAAGGUAUUCUGGCACACAUCUGCUCCUUUGCUUCCCUUCCUCUCCACAGCAAAUUGGCACCACAAGUGAUUACAAGGUUUCUGUGGCCAUCAGCUUUAAUUUGGAGCUCAGGGAAAGUCUCUCAUCACUUAAUGUGUGCAUGUGUCCGCUUAAUUUCAUCACCUGCAGUUCUUCCCCCCCGUUUUGUCUUUGUUUUCAGAACUGCUCGUGCCUGAAUUACUUAGGCUUUAAUUAGGUAAAUAUGCCAUUACAUCCUGUUGUGUAUUAUUUGUUUUUUAACAUUUGAUGAAAUAAGGACUAGACUGUGAUUGUCCAAUAUUCCAUUCUAUGUAUUGUACGUAAAAAGGCAUUUGCUGAAAUGCUUUUUGUCAGGAGCUGUAAUACAGGGUUGGACAUAAUAAAGCACUUCUGAUUUUUGUGGUUGUAGUACCAUGCUUUUGGGGAUUAUUAUUAUGAUUUUUUUUAGAUUAUUGAAGAACCAGCAGCUCUCAAAUCAGGGUUAUUAUAGUUAGCAAUAUACAGUUUAAGUAAAACAACAACAAAAAAAAAAAGACUUUGAACUAUGUGGGACUUUUAAUAAACUAUGGUUUUGUUAAUGAU